AUGUUUUACAGCACUGAAAUUCUCUCAAACAAGGGCUCUGCUUUGUCCACAGUUUGGCGGGCUGGCAACACUGCUCCUGGCGCCUCAAACACCGGCAUUCGGCGCAAGGCCGUUCUCGAAGUCGACAUUGAGCAGGCCUGCGGCACCAUCAUAGAGCCACCGGGCGCCCCGAUCGCCUUGCGUCUGCAGGGAACGCUCUUAUACGGCACUGCUCGCAUCUACCAGGAAAAGUGCCGCUAUGUCCUCACUAACAGUGAGCGAAUCCAGCGAGCCAUGGUCAAGCUCUGCAACAGCUACCUCGAUAGCAAAAUCGACAAAAACGCAGGCAGAGCCAAGGGCGUUCAGAUCGCUCUCCCGGAUGAUCCCAGCUUCGACUUGGAUUUUCUGCAGCUGCCGUCGUUUGAUUUCAACGCAGCCGAGGGCGUCUCCUUUGUCUCCCAGUCGCGCCAGGAUUCCUGGACAAACAUGUCGAUCCUGUCUCGCCAGUCCAACCAUUCUCUGCUGCCCCAGAUUGUCCUCGACGCCGACUCAUCUGGCCCUCACUCGUACGCCGGCGAUUUUCAACACCCUGCCUCAGGAGCCUCUAACAUGCAGGACUCCCCUACGCCUUUUGGCCGACAGCUUGGUGCUCCAGAGGAGGAGGACACUCUUCUGGCCGAUGUAGGCCUGUUCAUUGAUGAAAAUGGAAACAUUGUCGAAGAAGAGCUGCGCUCUGAGCCCCAGCUGCCAGCCUUCCCACCGUCUAUGUUUGACGCAGGCUCAGAUGUCGCUGCCAAGGCGAAUGCAGCUGAUGAGCUGAUGGUAAUGGAUGACGACGGACAGAUUGUCCCUCCAACCCAGCUGCCUAUCAAUGGCCCAGCUGCCGCCGUCACGGCCCCGAAAGCCGUCUGGUCCUCACAGACAUCCUCAUCCUCUCAGACGUCCUCUCAGACGUCCUCCUCUCCAAGCACUGUGCAAUCCAAGCAAGCACAUGCCAGGAUCCAGCGGGUGCCCAACUAUGUCGAUGAGAUCACACAGAUCCCACACGAAGAAUAUUACAGCUGCGUGAGAAACUAUGCCGACAAUAUGCGGCGAGCGGCAGAUCGUAGAGACCAUGCCCGUGCCAUUCGACGUGCCAACGAUGUUGCCAAGAACAGAAAGACUGCGUACGACUACAGUCUCGGCCGCGGACUCUUCAGCAUUGCGGGCGAUGUCAAUCGGUACUGCCCCGACCACCCCCUGGCACAGAUGUUCUCAGGCGACGCUCUCGAGCAGGCACUUUACGGCGACGCACUGCACCAAGCCAAGCGGCGAAUCGUUGCUACAGAUGAGCCGAGCACACCCGCCAGACGUGGUGCCGGGGCUGGUUUUGCUGUUCCGGGCAGCGAGGACCAAGACAUCGAACUUGGUCGACAGCCGGCUUCAGCACUGUCCGACAACCCUUCGCUGCAGCUGAACCGGCAAUCGUCUCUUGUUCUAGGCUCGUCAGCUCAAGGAAGUGCGCAGCGCAGCGCAGGAUUGAGCCGUCCACUUCCCAGCAGCGGGCAGCGCAGCGCAGAGCGCGCUCUCGACCCCAGCUUCAUUGAUCGGUACAGCGAUGAUGGCCUUGACUUGUCAGUGCAGCUGCAUAGCAAUUCCGUUGACGGCUUCCUGCCCCCGGGCAGCUCGCCGCCUCGACCCGACAUCCAGGCAAUCAGUGCAGCGAUUGGAGAAGAGAAGCAGAGCACCUCUGAAUUUCUUGGGCUUGUCCAGACGAAAGCCACUGCGGAGGGUGUUGUGAGACCCGGCCGCCCAACCCAUCUCUGGGUGGCGUUUGACGAUAUCGUAGCGCCGUUCAAGGGAAGCACACCGGCUGUGGUUGGCGCCUUUAUGAGCCUGUUGUCGUUGGCAAGCUCCCGGCAGCUGCGUAUCCAUCAGGACCGCGAGAACGACGAUCGGAUCGACAGAAGCAUAUUCAUCGGCUUGAAAGCCUCAGAGAAGCAAAAGCCGAGGAAGCGGCGUUUCCAAGAGAUGAGCGACGCUGGUGUGGCCAGCCAGGAAGACCUCAUGAGUGGACAUGUCUUCCCGAGCGCGGUCGAGGCGGAAAAUCUAGACUACAGGGACGGAAGCGAUAUGCAGGAUGCAGAGGCAGGGGCCGUCGAAGCCGCUUGA